AUGGUCCAUUCCGGCGUGGCCGCCAUCCCAGCUUGGCAGGCUUUGAUGCGGUACGUAAUUUUUAAUAGCAACAUAACCACACCCAUAACCAUGGGCAACAUUCUCUACUCGGCUUUUGUCGGAGCCAUCUUGGCCACCACUUUCGUUUCCGCAGCUUCAACCCCCAAGGGCUGCUUCAAGAAUCCACCGAAAAACCAAGCUGCGUUCGGGACGGCAUACCCACAACUUAACAAUGCCAAGAUGACGGUGGCCAUGUGCGAACAGCACUGCACAAAAUACCAGAGCAGCGUCUUUGGCCUGGAGCGCGGCCGCAUCUGCAACUGCGGCGAUGCCGUCGUCGCCGAGGCGGUUGCAGGCACUGACGCUCAGUGCCGGACAAAGUGCGGCGGCGAUGCUACGGCAUACUGCGGCGCCACCGGCUUCUUCAACCUCUACGAGCUUGACACAUCUGGCUACCCGAGCACUGGACAGUGGGGGCCUAUUGUCAAGUUUCCCAUCGUCCCCGUGUCCGUGGCUCUCAUUCCCGAGUCGGGUGACUUGAUGGCCUGGUCAUCCGGAUGGCCUGAUCGGUUUACCAACGGCGGCAACGGCAAGACGUAUACAGCCGUCUACAGCACCGAGACCAAGACUGUCAGCGAGGCCGUCAUUCAGAACACUUCGCACGACAUGUUCUGCCCUGGAACUUCGAUGGACGAGUACGGCCGCAUCAUCGUCACUGGCGGUUCCGGGGCCGCCAAAACGAGCGUCUUUGAUUUCAAGCAGGGCCAACGCUCCCCCUGGAUGCCCGCGUCCGACCUGACGAACCCUCGCGGCUACCAAUCCAGCGUCACUACGUCCGAGGGCAAGAUCUUUACCAUUGGCGGUACUUUUACCGGCAACGGCAAGAGAGACGGCGAGGUCUACGACGUGGCCGCCAACAAGUGGACCAAGCUGCCCGGCUGCCCGGCAAACAUCAUGCGCGUCGCCGGCGGCCUGUACCCGGACAGCCACAGCUGGCUCUGGGGCUGGAAGGACGGCUUUGUGCUGCAGGCCGGCCCGUCCAAGAAGAUGAACUGGUUCGACACCAAGGGGACGGGCGCCAGCAAGCCGGCCGGCACCCGCGGGGCCGACCAGGACUCCAUGUGCGGCGUGACGGCCAUGUACGACGCGGCGGCCGGCAAGGUCUUUACCUACGGCGGCGGCCAGCGCUACUCGGGCACCGAGGGCUCCAGGGCGGCGCACGUGCUCACGCUCCCCGACACGCCCGGCGACCCCGUGGCGGUCGAGCGCGUCUCGGACGGCCAGUACGGCCGCGGCUACCACAACGCCGUGGUGCUGCCGGACGGCAAGGUGUUUGUGGUGGGCGGCAUGAGCAAGAUGACGCUCUUCUCGGACGGCCACGCGCAGAUGUUCCCCGAGAUCUGGGACCCGGCGACGGGCGCCUUCACGGCCAUGCGCCCGCACGCCGUCCCGCGCAACUACCACUCGACCGCGAUGCUCAUGGCCGACGGCACCGUCUUCUCGGGCGGCGGCGGCCUGUGCGGCAGCGGCUGCUCCGCCAACCACUUCGACGGCCAGUUCUUCAGCCCGCCCUACCUGUUCGAGGCCGACGGCAAGACGCCCGCCCGCCGGCCCGUCAUCAGCAGCCUGGGCCCGGCCUCGGCCGAGAACGGCGCCGUCGAGGUCAAGGCCGGCGGCCAGGUCACCGUCGUCAUGCAGGAGGCCGGCGCCUACCGGUUCAGCAUGAUCCGCACCGGCUCGACCACCCACACGGUCAACACCGACAGCAGGCGCAUCCCGCUCGAGGGCCAGGACGCGGGCGACGCCAGCUACGUCGUCACAGUUCCGAGCGACUACGGCAUCGCCACUCCCGGCUACUACAUGCUGUUUGCCAUCAACGAGGCCGGCGUUCCGGCCGUCGCCAAGUUCUUCAGAGUAGGCCUGUAA